GGUCAAAUCAAUUUUUUUGUCGGAUCGAUGUAUAUAGACGCGUUUAAACGGAUGAUAUUUGAACGUCUCAGUUGUUUGAAGAGAAUGUGUGUAUGUCAGCGACAAUGCAGUUCAUUUGCCAUGUCUAAGGUUGCAGUGAAGAAACUGCAUUGGCGCUCUAAAGUGCAGGAGACUUUCAUCCCACUGGUGGGCAGCUCUGGAGAGCUGGGCGUGGCCAUCGGAGGCGGGGCUGAUUAUGGAGAGUUUCCAUUUGUCACCGCUGCACCAGGGGGAGGAAUCACUGUUGGUGAUAUCAUCCUAGAAAUCGGGGGAACGCCUGUUUUGGGCCUAACUUUAGGAGAUGUACGCGGGGUCCUAAACUCCUGCCCGCAUCCAAUCCGCAUCAAGACAGUUUCUCCAGGUUCGACUCUAUGCAAGGAUCUAAGGUUAUACCUGAGCAAAUGUUUCACACUUGGUUCGAUGGACAGUCAACUCCAGCAGGUGAUCAGAGAAAACCUCUACCUGAGAGCCGUGCCCUGUACGACUAGACAGCGGCGGGACGGGGAGAUCAAAGGAGUCGACUAUAACUUUGUCUCAGUUGAAGAGUUCUUCUCGCUUGAGGAGUCUGGGGCGCUACUAGAGAGCGGCAAGUUCAAAGGCAACUACUAUGGAACACCUCGUCCGGUCCACAUCAGUCCUGACAGUCCACCCAUUACAUACACGGAGCACAGGAAUCUGCUGAGGAAAUUUAGAACGCGUAGCAAAUCCCUAAGUAACCUGGAGAAAACUGGAGAGGAGGGUGACAACAGUGAGGAAGACUCGGGGCUGUCAGGGGGUUCGGCAGCUGCAAGCAGUGUCCCCGCCCACACCUCAUCUCCCAGCCAAUCACGACACUCCAGUGGAGGAGAUGGCAGUGCCUUGGAGAAUGGGGUCGGUCCCCGUAGAGGUGCACGGGUGACAGGGUCUGAAAACUGGGAGAUGAUAUACAGCGACUCAGGGAAUCCCUACUACAAAGAUCAACAUCUGAAGCUGUCAUCAUGGUGUAACCGUCGAACUCACAGUGCAGAAAAUAUCUCAAUGACUGAAAUGCUAGAGUUUACAGAUCAGCCAAGUGAACUGAAGGGCUUCACUAUUCACACCCGUCUGGUGAAGGGUUCGCGGGGCUUCGGCUUCAACAUUGUGGGUGGCAGCAGACCGCGGGAGUUCCUGCAGAUCUACAGCAUCACUCCUGGAGGACCUUCAUCCCUUCACACCGCGGACAUUCUGGUCUACAUUAAUGAUACCUGUGUGCUGGGCUGGUCUCACAGGGAGGUAGUGGAGAUGUUGAAAGUCAUUCCAGUGGGUCACACUGUAGACGUUGUGGUCCGACGGGGCUACCCAAUGCUCUUUAACUCUGACGGAUCUCCAAAGAUGGCCCACUGCAGGCUGACAGAUUCUCCGAGCCGUAAUUCACCUUCGUAUCUACCUCCACCAACCACCACCCAACCCAGGGCUCAAGCUCUCCUACCAUACGCCCAGCCACAUCUCAACCAGAACGGCCCUGUGUGUUCUGACUAUGAGAGGGGAUCCUCGAGAAAUUUCAGAGUACGGCAGUCACGGUUGAGUCUGGAUGCUAACGGUAAUUCAUCACCUUUUAGUUCACCCCCAAGAGCUCCCUCAUCAUAUGGGUACUCCAAUGGUUACGAGAGUGGGUACGAAAGACCACCUCGUUCCUCAAGAGGGAUCAGAAGGUUACAGAACGCAGACCUUGCCAGCCAAAGUGACAGCGAGGUGGUGUCUGCGAUUGGAUCACACAGGGCUUCUUUUAUCCGCAACCACAAUAACAACUCUCUGUCCACCCCACCACCUCCCCGCCUAUGCUCAAACUUCAAAUCUUCUGAAAGUGACCUUUCCUCGUGCACUCCACCGCCCGUAUCUCGAUUGCCCCAUGCAGAAAUAAGUCCCGGCCCCAUGUCCUUUUCCCCCGGAGGAGGAAGACGCUACUCCCAUCUCCGACAACCCCAGCACGCGUUGCUGACCCCGCCCCACAGCGCCCAUUCAGACGGGCCUUACUUCACUUUUAACGGCACGGCGAGUGCUAGCAGCAGCCCGAACAGCAGCAUCCCAUCACCGGGAGCGAUCAGCGGCAUUAUCGGAAGUGGGUUUCCAGGUAACGGGGAGUUAGUACCUGUCGCCUUGGCUAAAUGUGAGAGGGGGAGCAACAUGGGGUUCAGUGUUACAGCGGGGGGUUACGGAGGGAGACAGACGAUUGUGAAGAAGGUCUGGGAUCACAGACAGUGUAACGGACUUCAAUCGGGAGACGCCAUCAUUAAGAUCAAUGGAGCGGAUGUACAGAGUCUCAGUUUUGCACAGGUCCAAAGGAUUCUGCAGGAACACACCAAAAAAGGAGAGGUUAUUCUGCUGGUUUACAGAGGAGGUCCUUCACAUUAUUCCAUUUUCCCUAAUUCUGUACGUCGACUAACUCCGCCCCCUCCACGCUCCGCCUCUGAUUCUGAAGUCCCUUAUACCGAUUCCAACCCGUUAGCGUCAAACUCUCUUACCCCGCCCUCUCCAGCACUGGUGCGCUCGUCAUUGGUCCAGAGCACCAGCUUCCUGGAUUCUGUACCUGUCACUCUCACGCUGGAGCCGCGGGAUUGGAUGAGUUCAGAGGAAGGCGGGACAACGCUCAGUCCCAGAGUAAAAGCAGAGGAGAAAGAGCCGGCCACUAAGCUACGAGGAUAUGAGGUGGAGCUAAAGAGGAAGUCAGGUGAAGGAUUUGGAUUUGUUAUCGCCUCUCAAGACCUGGAGAAUGGCAAAGCAGCGUCUCUCCUCCCUCACAGGUUUGUGACAGUGCGUAGAGGAAGCCCUGCGGCCCGCAGCGGGCAGAUCAGACCUGGAGAUCGACUGGAAGCUGUUGAUGGAAGAUCAGUGGUUAAUUUACCUCACAGAGAGCUGGCACAGAUACUGCGGAGAGCUGGAAAUACACUGCGCUUAACCAUUGUACCACGCUCUAGUGCUCAUUCUUCAGAUCAAGCAGACUAUGACCCUGAUUAUAAGAACAGGAAAUCGAACAGGUCAAAACCGAAGGAUGCCUCGCACUACUACAGUGUGGAGCUGGAGAGGGGACCAACGGGUUUUGGCUUUAGUCUCAGAGGAGGUAGUGAAUAUAACAUGGGUCUCUAUGUGUUGGGUCUGAUGGAGGGUGGACCAGCCUCACGCAGCCACAAAAUACAGGUGAGUGAUCAGCUGGUGGAGAUCAAUGGUAACAGUACAGCAGGUAUGAGUCACGCUCAGGCUGUAGAGCAGAUCAGAUCUGGAGGAAGCAGAAUACACCUCGUCUUUAAAAGAGGCAAUGGAUAUGUCCCUGACUAUGACCGUGAUCACGUCGCAGCCGUCUCCUCCUCACCCCAAGCCCUGCAGUCGGAUUUGGCUGCAGUGACCCGUCGCCGUGCCCAACAGGAUGUCGCAUCCAGCUUUCAAAAACCAGGGAAGACCAAGAAGGGGCGGAGACAACAGAAGGGGUGGGGAAGCGAUGGAGGAGACCGGGAGAGCCCUGAUAGCGAUGAGAGCAUCAGUCAAAGAAGGGGCCGAAAGUUUAAAGACGAAAAGAGGAGGGAAAGGUCACAAAGCUUGCCCAGAGAGGCUCUAAAAGGACAGAGUGAGGAAAAAAUGGAGACACGAAUUAAAACAGAAGAGAAAUGGAAGAAGAAAAGCAAAAAGAGAGCAGAGAACAAGCCAAGCAAGAGUGAAGAGACAAUGAAAUGGCUAAGCAGCGAGAGCGAGGAAGAUGUGGAAAAGGAGAAAAGUCAGAUCACACAAAACAUCCAUAAGCAAAGACUUCCUGAACCUAAACUGCAGUGGGAGGAAGAGGAGGAGUGGGAGAGAGAGAUAAAGCGAGAAUGGCAGAGAGAGAGAGAACGGCUGAGGGAGGAGAGGAGGUCGCUCAUUUCGGAGAGCAACAGAGGGAAAGAUUGGGAAAGAGCAAAUGAGAGCAAAUCAAACAAAGAAGGGCAUGAGUGGGAGAUGAAUGGUAAAACCGAAAGAGGGGUUCAGUGGGAUCAGAAACGCAGGAAUGUAGCAGAAACGAGGCUUAAAUCUCGACCUUUUUCAGGCGUCCUAGUCCUGCCUCCAGUAAUUCAGCCCCGCACGCUUCGGCAUAGCAGGUCUUUAUCUGGCCUUUCUUCUGAGAGGCCUGUAGGGGACGCUGAGUUCAAUCAGACCCCAUUCGCUUUCCUCACACCUGCGACGUCUGACUAUGCAGAAUCUGAGUCGGGAGCCAGUGUAUCUGAUAGUAGCAUUUCUGCGGCCAGUGUCUCUGGUCUUACUGUGUAUUUGAACGAAACGCUUAGAUCAAAAUCCAUGCAGAGGGCCUCAGGGCCCCCACUUCCAGGCCCCUGGCUACAACCUGGCUCACAUAGGUUAGGAAGAAAAGACAAGAGGAUACCAUUGGUAGGGAGAGGUCGAGGAACAGAAAAAUAGUUUAUGAAUAACUGAUGUUUACUUAAAAAAGCAUUACUAUUAGUAUUGAUCAUAUUAACUUGAUCUUUUAUCUGGAUGGAACAAUAAUAAGAUAUAAAACAAGUCCUUAAAAACAGCA